AUGGAUGUACUCAUGAAAGGGUUUUCCAUGGCCAAGGAGGGAGUGGUGGCCGCAGCAGAGAAGACCAAGGCAGGGGUUGAAGAAGCAGCAGCAAAGACCAAAGAGGGAGUCUUGUAUGUGGGCGCAAAGACAAAGGAGGGAGUUGUGUCCGGCGUAAACACAGUGGCUAACAGGGGCACUGAGCAGGCGAACAUCGUGGCAGACACAGCGGUCGCAGGCGCCAACGAGCUUGGUCAGAAAACGGUGGAGGGAGUGGAGAACGUCGCAGCAUCCAGCGGCCUGGUUAACCCGGCUGACUUCUCCCAAGGGGGCGGUAUGGAGGGAGGAGAAGGUGGAGAGGGAUACUAAUCCAGAGGCUCGG